GCGGUGGGAGCGGGCGGCGCGGCCCGGGCGGGUGACGGCGCGUCGGGGCGGACCACGGAGCAGAACUGGACGAGGGGAAUGUCUUACUGGCUCCACUCAGAAAGCCACGCGGAUGCUGGGCCGAUCUACGUGCGUGAACAUGGGGAGCUGCACGUGGUGAACCCGGGUGCGGGCGGCAUCCCCAAAGCGCGGCCUUUCAGGCUGUUCUCCGGAGGGUUUUCUGUGGAGCUCUGUCUGAACAGGGAGGACGAUAGGGCGAGGAGGCAGAGGACCGAUCACUUCAUUUUCACGUACACCAAGGAGGGCAACCUCCGCUACUCGGCCAAGUCCCUCUUCAGCCUGGUGCUGGGCUACAUCUCUGACAACGUUGACCACAUUGACUCACUGGUCGGUUUCCCAGAGCAGAUUGCUGAAAAGCUCUUUUCAGCCGCAGAAGCGAGACAGAAGUUCACAGAACCCGUGACGGGGCUGAGAGCUCUGCAGAAGUUUACUGAAGCAUAUGGCAGUUUGGUGCUGUGUUCGUUAUGUUUGCGGAACAGAUACCUGGUUAUCUCUGAAAAGCUAGAAGAAAUUAAGUCUUUCCGGGAGCUGACGUGUUUGGAUCUCUCCUGUUGUAAACUUGGAGAUGAACAUGAACUUUUGGAACACCUCACUAAAGAGGCUCUGUCAAGUGUGAAACGGCUUCUCCUGAAAGACAAUGCUUUGUCAGAUGCAGGCCUGCGCAGAAUGACAGCGCCAGUACGAGUACUGAAAAAGGGACUUCAGAAUCUUUUGGUGUUAGACUUGUCUUGUAACCCUAAAAUCACAGAUGUGGGAAUUGGAUACCUUCUUUGUUUCAAGAAGUUGAACUGUUUGGACAUUUCUGGGACAGGCCUCAAGGAUGUUAAUGCCGUCAUUAAGAGGAUCCAAACGCAGAUAGGCUUAGUUCAAUCAGAAGUGCCUCUGAAAGAAUUUGAUCACAGUAACUGCAAAACUGAGGGAUGGGCAGAGCAGACAGUUCUACAGUGGGAGCAGGCAGUUAUGGAGGCCAUCAAGCCACAAGAAGACUUGAGCUCCAGAACAGCAGCUCAGCGCUUCUAUGGCAAGACACGCAGAAUAGAGGAAGUAGUCAAGUGCAAACUGGUGGAAGCAGAAACAAAAGCAUCUGGAAACUUACAGUUUUAUAAGGAAAACGUUCAAAAUUGCCAUUUACCUUUGAAAAAGGAGGUUGCAGGCAGCCAUGAAUUAAAGAACAAUAAAAAGAGAGCUUUGGCAGAACAAGAGAGAGAAAGGACUCCUAAACAGAAGCAUCUGUGCCUCACUGUGGAAGACUGGGAUUUGUUAAAUACCUACUGAGUCAGAAAGAAGCGGGUCUUUUGUUUGUUGUUUUCUUGCUGAUGACAGAGUUUAGACGCAUUGAAAGGCAGUAACAAAGGAGAGCAGUAUUGUUACAUUUGGUUGCUGUGAUAUGCUUGUGGGUUAACCUAUGCUUGGGGAGGGAGGGGUAGGGUCAAAGAAGAGAAUGGUGAUUCUGCUGUAUAUUUUCAAUACAUAAUUUUUUCAAAUAAAAUUUUUAGUGUCAUCCUUAACUAAUUCUUCUGACACAGAUGUUCAGAAAAAUGCUGGUCCUGUUCCUUCUCCCUUCUUGUCGCCCUAGGGACAGAAGACUAAUCAGUGCAGCCUAGCUGAAAUGAAGGUGCACUGUGUGUGUUAAGUGCAGUGGGCCUUUAAUAGUCCUGGUGGUACAGAAAGCUCAGCCUGUAAGCGGGAGGCUGUGCUUGACAGCUCUGACAAAGGGAGGAAGCAAACAGGAUAAGCACAGGCCCCAGGGGAGGGAGGGAAGCAGAGACAGUAACCCCUCGGUUAUGUAGUCACUGCAGAAAUCCAAACAGAAGUCCUCUGCCUCCCCCCUUUUAAUACAAGAAAUGAAUGGUAAAGCGGGUUACGGUAGAGAUUAAACUCUACAGUUGUAAUAUACCUUGUCUUAUAAGCUAAUUCCACAUGUAUUUUAUGCUUUAAAACCUAUUCUCAGAAUUUAUACAUGCCUGUAAUACGCUGUCUGCACUUGACCAUCUAAAACAUCCAGCAAAUGCCUACAAAGGACAGAUGCUCAGGAUCGUUUUGCAUUAGUCUG